AUGAGUUUGGCAAGGUUGAGCGAAGAGAAGGAGCGGCUGGCGUGCGUGGAGGAAACACGUGACAGCAGUACCACCAGUAUGUUCACCAGCCGAAGACGAGUCGCCCUCGACUUGCUCCUUGUCUGCUGGGGCCUUGGAACAUGGCUCGGUGUCAACGGGCUCUUCGUACAAUUACCGCUCUUAGUGGAGCGCCUGCCCGAGGGCUGGUCUUUACCCUCCGCUAUGUCAGUGGCUAUUCAAAGCGCUAACAUUGGCUUACUUAUUUAUGCUUCAUUAAGAAAAGUUACGCGGAUAAGCGAUACAACUUGUAUUUAUGGACUGCUAGCUAUCGGCACGAUAGCUCUAUUUCUCAAUUCCUUCCUCUUCCCAAAGACCGUGCUCAUCGGUGAUAAGGAGAAGUCCGUAGCUUUCCUCACCUUGACAUUCUUCGUGGCCUUAGUGGGUUGUACGAGUUCUGUACUCUUCUACCCGUACCUGCGACACUAUCGCGAGAUAUACCUCGCCACCUACCUCGUGGGAGAAGGGCUGAGCGGUUUCAUCCCUUCCAUAAUCGCGCUGAUUCAAGGUGUGGGUGGGGAGCCGGAUUGUGUACCCGCAGGGAACAACACGUUUCAAGCCGUGUUUCCACCUCCUCGUUUUGACAGUACCGUUUUCAUAGUCCUGCUGGGAAUUUUAUCGGCACUAAGCCUGAUCAGUUUCUGCAUACUGCAUAAUUAUUCUGGAUUCUCUUCGGAGAGAGUUAAAGAGGGUGAGGCAGCUAAGGAGGAAGAGGCGUCUCUUCCGCGCGUUUCUCUGUUGAAACCGGAGUGGAUCGGGCUGAUGGUGCUGAUGGCUGUGCUCAAUGCACUGUCCAGUGGCGUGAUGCCUUCGAUACAGUCAUUCUCUUGUUUGCCGUACGGUAGACAGGCGUAUCACUUGUCAGUAACGUUGGGAGCGAUGGCCAACCCCACGGCGUGCCUGGCUGGUGUUUGGCUGAAACCUGUGAGGGGCCGGUGGCUGACCCUCAUGCUAACGUUGAGUGCUGUGCUGUUGGCGUACAUCUUCGUUACUGCCGUGCAGAGUCCCACUCCGCCGCUCUACACACAGACGAGCGGAGUUAUUAUUAUAGUGGUUAGCUGGGUGGUGUGUAGUGGGUUGGUAUCGUACGCGCGCAUGUGGGUAUUCGCGAGUGCGCGCCGUGGUGGAGCUCGUGGGAUGCGCCAGUGCGGUGCUCUAUCCCAGCUAGGUUCAGCUUUCGGCUCCAUUACACUCUACUGUCUCAUUAACUACACUCAGUUCUUCAAUCAAGCGCCAGAUUGCCCAGCUCGACCUUCUUAA